CACUCCAUGCGCUACUUAUGCACGGGGGUGUCUGAGCCCGGCCAGGGGCUGCCCCCGUUCAUUGUUGUGGGGUACGUGGACGACCAGCCCAUUGUUAAGUAUGACAGCGAAACCGAGAAGUCUGUGCACCAAGUUUCCUGGAUGUUGAAAGCAGAGAAGGACAAUGCUCAGUACUGGGAAAAGAGCAAUGAGGAAUUCAUCAAGCUGGAUAUAAAAUUUAGCCAGUACCUGCUGGACCUACAGGAUCAAUACAACCAGAGCAAAGGCUUUCACACUCUGCAGCUCAUGUACGGCUGUGAGCUGAGCCCAGACGGGGGCCAACAAGGGUAUUACCGGUAUGGCUACGACGGGAGGGACUUCCUCAGUUUUGAGAAGGAGACCCUCAUCUGGAAGGCAGCUGACAGAGAGGCCCAAGUGAUGAAGAGGAAGUGGCAUGCAGAGUUGGCCAAGAUCCAGUACCGGAAGGCCUACCUGGAGGAGGAAUGCAUUGAGUGGCUGCAGAGAUACCUGGACUACGGGAAUGGAACUCUGCUGAGGACAGAGCUCCCAGUGGGGAAGGUGACGCGGCAGGUCCUUCCAGACAGCCAGGAGUCCCUCAUCUGCCAGGCCUAUGGCUUCUACCCCAGAGAGGUUAACACCACCUGGAGGAAGGACGGGGAGGUCAUGGAGCAUGCCACUUUCCGCAGGGACGUCGCUCCCAAUUCCAACGGGACCUACCACGCUUGGCUCAGCAUUGACGUGGACCCCCAGGACAGGAACCGCUAUUAUUGCCACAUAGAGCAUGUCAGCCUAACAAAGCCUCUGGUCUUGGCCUGGGAGGAGCCUGGCGGCUCCACUUCUCACUCCCUGCGCUACUUCUACACAGCCGUGUCUGAGCCUGGCCAGGGGCUGCCCCAGUUCAUCACUGUGGGGUACGUGGAUGACCAGCAAAUUGAUCAGUACGACAGUGACACCAAGGAGGCGCUGCCUCGCGUCCCCUGGAUAAGGAAGGUGGAAAAGGAGGAUCCUCAGUACUGGCACAGGAACACUCAGAUAUAUCAGGGCAAUGAGCCGGUGUUCAGGGUGUCUCUGCAGAAUCUGCGGAAUCGCUACAACCAGAGCGAAGGGAUCCACACCCUUCAGAACAUGUAUGGCUGUGAGCUGAGGUCAGACGGGCGCAAAGGAGGGUAUAGACAGUACGGCUAUGACGGGAGGGACUUCAUCGCCUUCGACAAGGACACCCUCACCUGGACGGCAGCCCAGACGGAGGCCCAAGUGAGCAAGAGGAAGUUGGAUCCUAUCGUGGCCCAGAACCAGUACCUGAAAGCCUACCUGGAGGAGGAGUGCAUUGAGUGGCUGCAGAGAUACCUGGAGUAUGGGAAGGAGACUCUGCUGAGGACAGAGGCUCCGGAGGUGAAGGUGACCAGGAAGGCAGGCUAUGACAACCUGGAGACCCUCGUUUGCCAAGUCCACGGCUUCUACCCCAAGGAGAUUGAUGCCAACUGGGUGAAGGACGGGGAGGUCUGGCAGGAGGGCACCUCCCGAGGAUUGGUGGCCCCCAACUCAGACGGGACCUACUAUGUCCUGCUCAGUGUCAAGAUCGACCCCGAGGAGAGGGACCGCUUCCGGUGCCGCGUGGAUCAUGACAGCCUGGAGAAGCCUCUGGACGUGGCCUGGGAGAAGGAGCCAGGGAAACGGAGCGAGAAAUCAGCCUACAAAGCUGCCUCAACAAGUGACAAGGGGUCUGACAGCUCCGCCAGUGUUUCAUACCAGCCUGGUGUGUGAGAUGAGAACAGAAGGAGCCUGCCCAAGUUUUGCUGUGAAAUGCAGAGGCUCAGAGCUCCUGCUGUCCUUUAAAGAUGUUUCUGAUGUUCCUUAAUCCUGGCUAUCAUCCAUCCAUUCUGACUCCAGCUGUAACUUGAAUUUGAGGGUAAUCAUGUUUUUUGGAUGGAUUUUGGCCAGUUUUGCUUUGCAGCUGAUUUUUAGGAAUGUGUUUGUAUUAAUCCGAAAUGUGCCGGAUAUACACAGCUAAAAGCUUUAAAAAGGGAUGGGGAGAUUGAGCAGCCAUUUUGACGAUUUCUCUUUGUUGCUGUGGUUCCCUCCACAAGCCUUUCCCCAAUCUUGUGUCACUCACUUUCCAUCCAAAUUGAAGGAAAGGCAACAUUUGAGAACUGCUUUAGGUGUAUUAUGCGUCAAAAGGCUAAGUUGUUACUUCCGACCUGCCUCUUGGGCCGCCCAGCCUUUGGCUAAACGGAUGUAAUGUCAUGGAAUGUAUAAAAGCAGUCUAACUGCUCUG